AACGAAUUUCCAAUUCUAUCCUUUUUCUUUCAUACUAGUCCUACCCGCACACACUUCCGGCCGUCUUUUCAAUCAGCUUCCAGAAACCCUAACGCCAUUACAGAUUCUUCCACACAAUCUUCCCCUACAAUGGCGGACGUGGAUGCUACCAUCUCAAUCGACAAUCCUGUGUCCGCUCCACCGGAGUCAGAUGUUUUAAGCAAAAACGCUCGCAAGAAGGAGCUGAAGAACAAACAGAAGGAGGAAGAGAGGCGUCGCAAGGAAGAGGAGAAGGAGAAAAAGGCUGCUGCCAUGCCAAAAUCAGCUGUCCAAAAGCAGUCAGCUGCAGAUGAUGAAGACAUGGAUCCAACGCAAUAUUUUGAAAAUCGCCUGAAAACACUCGCUACUCAGAAGGCAGCAGGAAUGAACCCCUACCCACACAAAUUCCAUGUCUCUAUGUCCAUUCUUGAAUACAUAGAAAAGUAUGAAAGUUUAAAUAGUGGAGAUCAUCUGGAGGAUGUUCAAGUUUCUUUGGCUGGGCGACUUAUGAACAAACGAUCUUCUUCAUCAAAGCUCUUCUUUUAUGACCUCCAUGGCACUGGUGGAAAAGUGCAAGUUAUGGCUGAUGCAAGGAGAUCUGAUUUGGAUGAAGCUGAGUUCUCUAAGUACCAUUCUGGUGUGAAACGUGGAGAUAUAGUUGGCAUUGUUGGGUUUCCAGGAAAAAGCAAGAGAGGUGAACUGAGCAUUUUUCCAAAAACAUUCAUGGUGCUUUCUCAUUGUCUUCAUAUGAUGCCAAGGCAAAAGAGUGCAGCUGUUGCAGAGAACGCCAAUGUGAAGAAAAUCGAUGCUUGGACUCCAGGAAGUGGCAGAAAUCCUGAUGCAUAUAUUCUGAAGGAUCAGGAAACAAGAUAUCGUCAACGUUAUUUGGAUCUGAUGUUAAACUCAGAAGUCAGACAUAUAUUCAAGACCCGGGCAAAGAUUGUAUCUUAUAUUAGACGUUUUCUUGAUAAUCUUGAUUUUUUGGAGGUUGAAACUCCAAUGAUGAACAUGAUUGCUGGAGGGGCAGCUGCAAGGCCAUUUGUGACCCAUCACAAUGACCUAAACAUGAGGCUGUUUAUGCGUAUUGCCCCUGAACUUUAUCUAAAGGAGCUUGUUGUUGGUGGAUUGGAGCGUGUGUAUGAGAUAGGAAAACAGUUCAGGAAUGAAGGAAUUGAUUUGACACAUAAUCCUGAAUUCACCACGUGUGAAUUUUAUAUGGCUUUUGCUGACUACAAUGACUUGAUGGAGAUAACUGAACAACUCUUGAGUGGAAUGGUGAAGGAGCUAACAGGUGGAUACAAAAUUAAAUAUCAUGCAAAUGGGUUAGAUAGUGACCCCAUUGAAAUUGACUUCACGCCUCCUUUCAGAAGGAUUGAUAUGAUUGGAGAGUUGGAGAAGAUGGCAAAUCUAAGCAUACCAAAAGAUCUUGCGGGUGAUGAGGCCAACAAAUAUCUUGUUGAGGCAUGCAAAAAGUUUGAAAUCAAAUGUCCUCCACCUCAAACAACUGCACGUUUGCUAGACAAACUUGUGGGACACUUUUUGGAGGAAACAUGUGUGAACCCUUGUUUCAUAAUUAACCAUCCCGAGAUCAUGAGUCCAUUGGCCAAGUGGCACAGAUCCAAACCAGGAUUGACUGAACGUUUCGAAUUGUUCAUCAACAAACACGAGCUUGCGAAUGCGUACACCGAACUGAAUGAUCCAGUGGUACAACGCCAGAGAUUUGCUGAUCAAUUAAAGGAUCGACAAUCGGGAGAUGAUGAAGCCAUGGCUUUGGAUGAGACCUUCUGUACGGCUCUUGAGUAUGGGUUGCCACCAACUGGUGGUUGGGGACUGGGUGUUGACCGGCUUGCUAUGUUGUUGACCGAUUCACAGAACAUCAAGGAAGUUUUACUUUUCCCAGCAAUGAAACCACAAGACGAAGCACCUGUCAAAGCUGCAGAAGUCGUGAAAAGUUGAGCUCAGAAAUCUAUCUUCAGUUUUGAGGAGAUUUUGAUGGUUGUCAAAAGUUUGUGAUGAAUAGUUUGGACAUAGUGAUGAUUGUUAGUGCUAUUUUCAUGAGAUUCGCUCUUGUCUGGUCUUACUUUACCAAAUUUAAAUAUUACUUUGUGUCCUGAUUUUGAAACUAUUAUGGAAAGAAUUUAUAUUUAUAUUAGGCAUUAUAUGUGUGUAA